GUGAGCGGAGAAUACUUCGAGGAUACGAUAGAGCUUCGCAGAUUUUCGAUGAUGAGAAACUUUCAGAAACUACGGAAACCCGUCGACAGAACGGACUGGGGCGAAACGCCGGCCAUUGCGAAUGCAUUCUACGACGCCUCCCUGAAUGCAAUGAUUUUCCCGGCAGGAAUUCUUCGGUCGCCGUAUUUUUCGAAAGACGUGCCGAUGUUUUUGAAUUUUGCCGGCAUCGGCAGCGCCGUCGCUCAUGAGCUGACACACGGAUUUGAUAAUGAAGGUCGACAGUUUGACAAGAACGGAAAUUUCAGCACCUGGUGGAGUAAAAAAGACAGUAUAAACUUUAAUAAGAAAGCCAAAUGUGUUACCGACCAGUACGAUAACUUCACUAUCAGUGCCGAUGGGAAAGAGUGGCAUGUUAACGGCACACUGAUUCAAGAUGAAGCCAUAGCUGAUAUAGGGGCCGUACGACUAGCUCUUCAGAGCUAUCUGAAUUGGCGAGCGAAAAACUCGGUUGAUGAGUCGGAUUUACCUGGCCUCUCACAAUACAACUGGAAACAGCUGUGGUUUCUAAGCAUGGCGCAGGAAUGGUGUGGGAUAGAGCGAGACGAGAACGCUGUGUUUAGCCUCAUGACGUCCGUUCACCCGCCCGACAAAAUCAGAGUGAACGGGCCCGUUUCCAACAGCGAAGAAUUCGCCGAAACGUACAACUGCGCAGUUGGAAGCGCCAUGAACCCGCGACGAACGAAAUGCGUGAUAUGGUAAACAGCGCUUUCGUCCAGCGUGCCGAUGACGUCAUCGCGCGACGCCAGUGCACUCGUGUCGCAUCAAUCAUUGUCGCAUCGUCGCUGCUGUGCUCCGGCACUCCUUAUCGGCAGUCCUUAUCGGCACUCCAGCAUCGUUAUUGUCCCAUCCCUUGCCGACGACGACGGCGACGGCGUACGAUGUCAGGGGACGCUCGAGAGUCAUUAAGGAGAGUCAGAAUUUGCACAUUGAUACAAGUCGUCUGCCUUUGUGGAUUCAGUUUUCAUCAAGGUCAAGGUUACCCGUGCACCGCCAGGAGCCUGCCGCCGCCCAAUGAUGUCAAGGAUGGUUUUCAUUCACCGCGCGGGUUGUUACCGGCAACCGCAUCUUAUGACGCUCAAUUAUUAUUAUGCCUGCUGUUGCAUUUAGCGCUGUAGAGAUAGAGGUAGCCCCUUACGGUGGGCAUCACACGCGUGUGCACGUACGCGCGCCUGCGCGCAUAUACACGCAUGCACACACGCACGCACGCACGCACGUAAA